AUGAGCCCUAAGGCUAAAACUCAUCUGAUCCGAAUUGCCCCUGACGAGCAGCGACAGGCGUCGUUUUUCACCUCCAUCAAAGACCUGAAGCCACACUCGUCAGAGAGCUCUCUAUCUGCAGAUAGAGAGUCACAGGCGCAGCUUUCAUACGAUACCUACGUGCCGCCAUGGACCGAGCCCUAUGUGAUAGGAGUGGCCGGGUUUUCAGGGUCAGGAAAAACGUCAAUAUCGCAGCAGAUCAUCCUGGAGUUGAACACGCCCUGGACUGUGCUCUUACUGUUUGACAACUUCUACAAGCCGCUCUCGGCCGAGGAAUCGGCACAGGCCUUUGCGUGCAACUACGAUUUCGAUACGCCCAAGGCAAUCGAUAUGGAUCUUGUGGUGGAGAAGUUGACGCUGUUGAAACAGGGCCACAAGACGGAGAUCCCCGUGUAUUCGUUCAGUCACCACAACCGCACGGAAAAGCACAUCACCAUCUACGGAGCCAAUGUCAUCAUUGUCGAGGGUAUCUACGCCUUAUAUGACCAACGGCUCUUGGACUUGAUGGACAUCAAGGUGUUUGUGGAUACUGACUUGGAUGUGUGCUUGGCCCGCCGGCUCACUAGGGAUAUUUUGUACCGGGGCCGUGACUUGGCAGGUGCUCUCCAACAAUGGGAGACCUCUGUGAAGCCAAAUGCCACCGGCUCUGUGUACCCCACCAUUAGAAAUGCGGAUUUGGUUAUUCCUCGGGGGCUAGAUAAUACACGGGCCAUUGAUCUCAUGAUCAAGCAUAUCCAGAAGCAGCUUGCUUUGAAGAGCGCGGCCCAUCUUGACCGGCUCAAGGCACUUGGUCACGGCGUCUCAUUUGACGUGUCGCGGCGUGCAAACUUGAAGAUACUCCCAGCUACCAACCAUACAGCGGGGAUCCACUCGAUGUUAUUCGACGUGCACACCGACCGCACAGACUUCAUUUUCUACUUCGACCGCAUUUCCCACCUCUUAGUCGAGGCGGCUCUCGACACUUUGCACCACUACACCCCGAAAACCGUGGCCUGUCACAACGGAAAUACAUUUAAAGGCUUGGUGCAGUCACUGGAGCUUGCGGCGGUCAGCAUAGUGCGUUCUGGGGACUGCUUCAUGAACGGAGUCAGGAAAACCUUCCCCGCAAUCCCCACCGGGAAGCUUUUGAUCCAGAGUGAUUCCAUGACGGGCGAGCCGCAGUUGCAUUACGAAAACUUACCCAAAAGCUCCGAGGGCUCCGUGUACUUUCUUUUGGACGCACAGAUCAUCAGUGGCGCGGGAGCCGUGAUGGCCAUCCAGGUACUCAUCGACCACAAGGUGGAGCAAAGGAACAUCGUGCUAAUUUCGUACUUGCUGACGGAAAUUGCAGUCAAGCGGAUUUUCAAUGUGUUUCCAGAAGUCACGAUUGUCGUGGGGAAAUUGAGCAACACUGACACACCCGACAGGUCGUACAAUCCUGAGGGCUUCAAGGACGCCGACUGGCCUUUCCGCACGCGGUUUGUUGAUCUGUUGUACUUUGGCACGACGUAG